AUGCAUUCUCCAACACGAACUUCAAAGCCUCCCAAAAUGAGAAGGGAAAAAAUGCCCAAGCAGGUAAUGUCAGGGAAAGCUAAGAUGGUAAUAUGGAAAGGCUUCCAGUAGUGCCAGGAAGCCAUCCAGGGAGCAGAUCAUAUGGCUGCCUGUCCAGAAGCUAAGAAGCUGCCUGAUACUGAGUCUGGCCAUGGGGUCCGUCUAGCUCAGUGCUAUCUGCACUGGCUGGCAGCAACUCUUCAGGGUUUCGGGCAGGGAGUGUCUCCUAGCUGCUGGGGACUGAGCCUGAGACCUUCUCCAAACAGAACAGGGCCUCUACUGCUGAGCUACAGCUCUUCCCUAAAAUUAAAGCAAGAAUCUAGUCUUCAUGGUUCUGAAUUUAAAGGCCAGCUUUGAAAGGAACAUAGGAAUCUGCCUUAAACUAAGGCUGGCCUUUGAUCAAUCUAGCUCAGUAUUGCGUACACUGAUGGACAGAGGCUCCAGAAUUUCAAAGGAAUUUGUGCCUGGAGGUGCCAAGGAUUGAACCCGGGACUUCCGACUGGUGGCGGCUCUCCAGGGUUUCACGCAGGAGCGGAUCCCAGCCUUACCUGCCUGUAAACUUAUUUUCAGGGCAGCUUUUUAUAUGACAAAAUCACCAUCCUGGUGUUUUGGUCACUUAGUGGCAUCUCCUUCUGCCUCUUCCUUCAGGUGAAUGGCGCAAAGAGUCACCCGGCCCCCAGUUGUGAUGAAGAGAAUGGUCUCGGGGAAGAUGUCGAAUCCUUCUUGGGUGACGAACGGCAGCUCCAUUGCUUUGAUGACCUUACCAAAGUGAAUCCUGUGACCACCACAACUGGUAGGGCUUAAAAACAAACACGCCGCUGUGCAUUCACAUGUCACUAGAAGACCGGGGUGGUGAACCUGUGGCCCUUGGUUCACCUCGGUCCAAUUUCAUGCAGCCCUCAGCAUCACCCGGCACCCCAGGCUGUGGGCCUACCCUUCUGUUCUGCCCUGGUCUCCGUUUUUUGGUCACAGCAGGAUGUGACUGGAUUAUUCUCCCACAUGCAAAGAACAAACUCAUUUCCCCUAGUGCAAUUCUUCCAUUAUGCCCCUCCCCCCCAAAAAAUAAACCCGCCUCACCUUGGUUCUUGGGAUUGGGGCUGAACUAAAAAGAUCCCGGUCCCCCAGCUGUCUAUAAUUUAUACCAGCAGUGAGGGAAGCUGUAUCUCUCUAGAUAUUGCUGGGCUACAGCUCCAACAUUUGGAGUCUUACAACUUCCCCACUCCUGCCUUGUGUGGGGAAAAAGGGAGGCUGAAUUCGGAAACAUGAAAUAGCACAUUUCUUGCCAUUGAUGAAACCUUCCGCCAUUCUCAGUCCUGAAGUGCCUGCAAGCGAGAUACGCCAUCAACGUGUUUUACACCAAUGCCGGCAGCAGCCUGGUGGCAGUCAACCCCUUUCGGCCGAUACCGCCUCUCUACUCGCUCGAGCUCAUGAGGGACUACCACACUGCCCCCCGCCUUCAGGUGAGUGAGGGGUGGAGGGAGAACUGCACCAGCUUAGCCCCUGCCAAAUGAGAUCUUUCCCAGGAGAUGCCUGGAAAAUAACUUAACCGUUGGUGGCUUUUAAGAGGGAAGCUGUAAAGGCUGCACUUUUGGCACAGAAGGCAUGAUGAGUUAGGGAAGGUUGCAGACUUCCCAUCUGCCCUGCAUCCAUCAUCACCCUUAAGUUCCCACUAAGCCAUUAACCCAGGGGUGGGGAACAGAUGCAACCCUCCACUGCCUUUUGGACUCCAAUUCCCAUCAGCCCCAGUCAGCCUGGCCCAAUGGUUAGGGGUGAGGAGAGCUGGUGUGCAGAUCUAGGGAUCCAAGGGACUACAGUUCCCAUCAUCCCUGGCCAGGGCGGCCCAUGGUCACAGAUGAUGGGGGCUGAAGUCUGCAAGAUCCAGAGGCCACAGGUUCCCCUCCCCUGCUUUUAGUGAGCUGCACCUGACAGUAGCUUUACCCUUCCAGAAACACAACUGUGUUCACUCUUUUGCUUCUUAGGAACUCAAACCUCAUGUUUUCGUGGUAGCAGAGGAGACCUACAGGAAUGUCCAAAGCCAGAUCCCGCCUGUAAACCAGUCCAUCAUUGUGAGCGGCGAAAGCGGAGCUGGGAAGGUAAGGGAAAUACUUCCUUCAGGCAUCUCUCUGUGAUCGGCUGCCUGCUCACCCAUCUCUGGGGGAAGACCAUGUUGCUGGCUUGUGUAGGUGAAUAGCAAACAUAACUUUUUCUUUUAUGCAUUACCUCAAAGUACAAGGCUUUUCCUGAUCUGUGCAAAGUUCCCUGCAUGUGGACAGCUACCAUAUCUGAGAAAGGUGCGAUGUAGCCCUGAUGUCAUUGUUUGCCACAUGCAGGGAGCUUUCUCCAAGUGUCCUUUUGAGCCAUCCACUUUUGGUUUUGAUAACACACUGCAGUUUCCUAUUGAAUCCAAGCUUGGGAAACCAUCACUUAUUAUGACCCAGGAGUGGGGAACUUUUUUUGACCCAAGGGCCGCAUUUCCUCAACCGAUGCUGGUGCUGUCAUUUUGGCCCUAGGCUAAGACCUUAUUUAUAUGCUCAGGCAUUUUAAAAUUGUGUAAGCUGUUUAUUUAUUAUAUAUCUCACCAGGGCCACAAACAUAUCAUGAAAACAAGACCAUAAGAAACAUUCAAAAACAGUGUAAAAGCAAUCACAUUCCCUCAGCCCAUGAUUUCAGGGUUGUCAGGAUCAGUAUCUUUCAGCUAUCAAUCACUUGGGUAAACAUGAAUGUCUUUCAAAUCAUCCUGAAAAGUCAGUAUUGAGGGAGACAGAUGCACCUCCCCAGGGAGGGUAUUCCACAAACUGGGAGCCACCACUGGAAAAGGCCAUGCUGCAGGUCGGCGCCAGCUAGCCCCCCGUGGCAGCACCAACACCUCACCUGCUGAUCGCAGGGUUGGAGGUGGUGGAUUGUUUUACUUGCUCUGUAGUUUUUUGCAGCUUUAUUUGUUCUGAACAUUUUAGUAUGUGUUUGGUAUGUUUAAGACUUGGUUGGCUGGCAUUUAUUUUCUGUACCCUGUCCCGGUAUUGGCAUUGAUGGCAGGUGGGGCAAUAUUUUUUUACUAUACUGAUAAAUGGGGAAGGAGAAGGAAGGUUGGAGCAUAUGAGUCCAAGUUGCCCACAGUCAUUGGCCAUUCUGUUUAGCACAUAGGUGAGCUGAGCAGUGCCUGUUCACGCAUUCAACAGCAAGUUCUGUGCACGUGGGAACAGUCUCAAAAUACUAGCUCUUCAUUUGUGGCCUCGUUGAAGCGGCUCUCCCUCUUUUCCUCCCUGUAAACACCUUUCUGAUUCAAUUACAUAUGUCAAGAGCAGCCCACAGCUCACAUUCAUGACCAUCUUUCCAGACAUGGACCUCCCGUUGCCUGAUGAAAUUUUACGCCACAGUCGCCUCGUCCUCCACCGUCCCCAAAGGCAGCGUGGCAGUGGAAAGGAUAGAGAAGAGGGUGUUGGACUCCAACCCAGUAAUGGAAGCCUUUGGUAAAUAUGACUUUUGAAUAGAUAUAUUCCUGCAAGUGUAGCAGCACAGAUCAAACUGCCAAGCCACAGAUUGUGUGAACUGUGGUUUGGGUUCUGUGGACAGCAGGUGAACCAUGACUUGAAAGCUUCCUGAGUGGAAAGAAUCCCAGCUGGACUUUCAUUUCAAAUUGAAUUUUAAAAAGCCACCAAAUAGAAAACUGCCUUCAAAGUACUAAUCGUUAUACUUUAAGGCUCCCAGUUGUUGAUCCGCAGCCAUUUCUUAAUAUCUCCACACCUGAUACCACAUAUGACAUCAGGUGGUACAGAUGUGUGCGGCUUGGGGGAAAUGGUCUAGCAGGCCAGGAGUUUCGCAUGUCUGUUCUACAGUAAGGUUACCAUAUUUCAAAAAGUAAGAAUCCAGACAAAGGUGGUUUUUUUGCCAAAGUUGUUGAGCAAUUUUUAGUUUUGCCCAAAGUUGUUGAGCUUUUUUGGAGCUAUUUUAAAGGAAAAUUGCCAGAAACGACACUGCCGACAUGGGUUGCCAUACCUCUGGAUUUUACCAGACAUUUUUGAGAUUUCAGCUGGACACUGCUUCCGACUGCAGUAUUCUGGCUAUGUACGGAGAAUUCCAGCCAUAUGGCAACCCUCUUCUACAGUAACAGGGAUUUAUCACUGUGUCCAUAUGAAUGGUGAGCUGUCUAUUCUCAGAGUCUGUCAAUCCGCUACAUUUCCUUCCUUAAGAGGGAGAAUUACCUUGACUGGUGUGUUGUUUUUGAUUUUUGAUCAUUAAUCUGCCUCUUCUCUCGUUCUCCACUUGGGCUGGACUUCGCAGGAAACGCAUGUACCCUUCGGAACAGCAACAGCAGCCGUUUUGGCAAAUACAUCCAGCUUCAGUUAAACAGGUAUGGAUUUAGAAAAACCUCAGAAAUACACACAUACAGCUGGACAGCACUGAAGUUGGCUGACAUUGCUACCGGUUCCUAACUGCAAAUUUUGUGCUGUCUUUAUUGCCAUGAAAACAUGUGCUGAACUUGGCAUGCAUCCUUGGGGUUGAUGUGGUUCACAAACUUCCAGAUAUUUAGCAAUAUAAAGAAAAAUGAUUUCUGAGCAUUUUUCUCCAGGUCUCAGCAUCUAACAAGUGCUUCCAUCCAGACUUUCCUGCUGGAGAAAACAAGGGUUGCCUACCAAGCCCCCUGUGAAAGGAACUUUCAUAUCUUCUACCAGGUUUGUGCCCUCAGUGUUUUUUGUUGUUAUUAUUUCAAAUACAUGACCUUUCCUUUUUGCAUGUUUACAUGCGGGGGAAUGCACAGUCAGUAUCUAGCUUCUGCUCCUUUGAGGGCCCCAAAAUUGGUAACUUAAACUUAAUAAGUAUUACGAAAUUAACUGAACACAAAGAGCAAAUCCCCUGAAAUAAUUUGAUGUCAGCAGCAGGUUUCAGGCAGGGAUCUCUCCCUGCCCUGUCUGGCGAUUCUAGGGAUGGAUUCUGUGUAGUCGCUCCUGUUUAUUCCAAGGUGUGGGUUUUGUGAAAGUAAGUUUAGGCAGAUGUAUAUUAUUUAUAUUUCUGUAUAUUACUAGUACUUGGGGAGUAAAGAAAACAAUGAUGUUAACUUCUCAUUCCUUCAUUUUUUUAAAUUGGCAAAUCUGUAUGCAAGUUCCUUAGUUUAGGCAAAUGCCUCUUUGCAUGGAAAAUAUUGUAAUCGUUAUGUCUUCAGCUAGAUUUUAUGUUACAUAUGAUUGUAAUACUUUUCGUUACUUUCUUUUGUUUGUAUGAAAACUUUCCCCUCUCUUAAUAUAAGCUACAAAUUUUAAAAUAUGAAAGCAGACAUGCUGCUCAAAAUCCAUUGUUUGGCUGUUGUGCACUUUGGAAACCAUGGGUUGUAUCUGACUUCUACUCGGAGUAAACCCAUUGAAACUAAUGGGCAUGACUAACUUAAGUCCAUUCAUUUCAACAAGUCUAUUCUGAGUAGAACAGGCUUGGCUACAACCACCACGGUUUUGGCUCCAAACCGUGGUUUUGGCAUGAUGUCAUAUUGUGCCAUUGCUUUUAAAUCUAAUGUGAAAGAGUGAUUCCCUUUUCUUGCCUCAUUUUACUCUUCCCUACAUUUCUCUACAUGCACACAUAUAUAAUUUGCUGGUUACGCUACCAUGGCUUGCUUUGAGGAGAAUUGCCUGAACUGUUUACUCUUCCUUUCCAGAUUGCAAAAGGUGCCAGUCACGAAGAACGACUGGAAUGGGAUAUCCCUGAAGGGGCAAAAUUCUGCUGGCUUCCGAAUCCUGAAAAGACUCUAGAAGGUGUUGCUUUGGGACCAUGUAUCGUAAAAGGAACCUCAGCUGCUUUAGGGGAAGCAGUGGGGAAGUUUAAGAAUAAGCUUAAAUAAAUGUAGGCCCUCUAUUAAGGAAAGGCUGGGUGGUUAUCUGUCAGGGGGGUUGCAACUGCUGCUGCGUUGAGGACUAGAAACUUGUGGUCCUCAAGAUGUUGUUACUAUUACCACCUUCUUGCCUGGAUGGGGGCUAGAGAGGUGUGUGUGUGAAUGUGUGUAGAAACUAACCUACUAUACAAAGAGAAAUUUUGCAGUCAUUGCUCCGCCCAGUCAUUGCUCCACCAGGAGCACCAUUUCACAACUUUCUUCCCAAUGGGGAUCAUACUCUUAAGAGACGCACCAUCUCCUUCUCUAAUUUGUGGGUCUCUUUCUCUUCCACAGAGGACUCCUUUGAGGUGACACGAGAGGCGAUGUCGCAUCUGGGCAUUGACUGCUACACGCAGAAUAAUGUUUUCAAGGUUGGUUGAAACACAGAUCUGUGCCCCUGCUAGUGGCUUUACUAUGAUAAUGCCUCUUCUUAAUGCCUGGAAGGAGAAUGGAGAGUGGCAUGUCUCUGGCCACACUCACCAGUGGUAUGUAGCCUUCAGAAAGUUGCCCACAGGGGAAUACAGACCUUGAGGUGAAAAAGGUUCCCUACCUCUGGCUUAAAUUGUUGGCAGGGUGAACAUUGAUGACUUCCUAUCUAGAUUCUGCAGGGACGUUUGGAGUGCUGGCUCCUAGCUAACCUGAAUAGUCUAUGUGCCCCAAAGUGUUCUCCCACCCCUGAAGCAUCUCGUCUCUUUCUUUUUCCCGCAGAUAUUAGCAGGUCUUCUCCACCUGGGAAACAUCCAGUUCUCUGAGGCUGAGGACGAGUCGCAGCCUUGUGAACUGGACGACAGCGCCACAGGUGAGUCGCCAUGAUCCCUGACCAAAUCGGUUUUAUUAUUCAUUAUAUUUUUAGAACAGCUUUCAACCCAAGUUCCCAGGAUGGUAGGCAAGAAUUACAGUAGCCUCCUUCACACUAAUAUACUUCCAAACCAUGGCUUGGACAGAGAGCAUCAUGCGGGUAUUUAGAGGGGAAAUCACUAAAGUGUGGUUUGGCUUAACGUUGUGUGUGAACUUUUGAGUUGUCGUGUUCCCAGAAAAGAAUGAGUGGUAAACCAAGGACAAACUGCGAGAUUAAGUGGGAAUCUUUUUUUUUAAAUAGCCACAGAACCUUAAAAAAUAAAAAUCUUCCAAACCCAGGAUUUGCAAAGACUGCUUCCAGAUUAUUAAAGGUGCCCGUAGAGCAGUUGCUGGAAACACUGCGGAUCCGGACGAUAACGGCUGGGAAGCAGCGGCAGGUAUUCAAGAAGGCUUGCCCCAAGGUUGAAUGUGGGACGAGAAGGGACUGUCUUGCCAAGGUCGUCUAUGCCAAGUAAGUGCUCUGGACCUUGUUUCAGGAGCUGCUUCUGUGUCACCCUCUCUCUUUGUCUUUCCUUGCCUUUUGUUCUCCCCCAAAAGAAAAGGAGCAGCCUAAUGCUGUCCUGGUAACACUCCUGUGAGGUAGGCAAGCCUGCGGAGGAGAAUAUAACCUGUGCGGCAGAUCUGGGUCUGGUUUGGCUUUCACAUUCCAAGCCCAGUGCCUUAUUCACUGCAUUGCACUAGUCUCCAGGUGGUUUUAACUGCAAGACAAUGAUAAUGAUUCUGUUUACUUGAUUCAGGAGUGGGGAACCUCAGGCCUGGGAGCCAAUUGCAACCUUCAGGGCACUUUCUGUGGCCCUCAGAGCUCUCUGUGGGCCACUCCUCCUUCCCAGCCACACCCCUCACCAACUUCAUACCCCCCUUUAAAUGAUUCACAUGGCUGAGAUGUGUCCCUGAACCUUGAUGGUGCCUCUUUGCUUGUCUGGAGGGGGGAUAGAGGAGUGCGUGUCGAAAUUAGCCUACUUUUCAGAGAUAACAUUUUCUUUCCAUCCAUGUUUGCUCUGGUCCUGCGCACCACUGGCCUGUGGCCUGUGGGAGGUCGCCAACCCGGGACUGCCGCCUCUGGCUGAAGGAGGAUUUCCCACCUCUGACUCAAUAGACUUAGAUCCCUUCCUUCUAUGGAGACCCUGUCCAAAGCAACCAUCAAGCAUAUCUGAAACAUAUAUUUAAAACCUUUUAAAUCAAGACUUAAUUUUUUAAAAAAUUAAGGAGGCACCCAUGUCUCCCUCUAAUACUGAAGUUGGGUGGUAUGUGCCACCAGGAUUGUGGCAGAGUGGGGCCACUGAGAAACAAGAGGGAGCUAUCGGAGUGCUCAUGAGCAUGCUCAGUAGCUACGGAGUGUUGAGUGCGAGUUGGGCGGAAAUAGAAAGCCGUGUGUUAUGGGUGGAGAACGGAAUGGAAUGGAGUGUCUGGAAAAGGGGAAGGCUGAUUGGCUGGAACCCUGCAACGCAGAUACUCCCCAGCUCAGUCAGAGCAACUCUCACUCAUGAUGAAAACCAGCUUGGCCAAGUUUGUGUUUAGACCUUUUCAGGUUCACAAUUUUUUAGAGCCCUGAUGGGGAACCUGUGGCCUUCCAGAUGUUUUGGACUCCCGACUCCCACCAGCCUCCAACCAGCAAAUAGCCAAUGAUCAGGGAUGAUGGGAGUUGUCUGAUCAGACAACCUUUGCAGGGCCAUUGCUUUAAAUGUUGGUUUGAGCCCCUCUUUGCAAUUCCUCAGGUUAGCUCUGCACAAAGCAUAUGUGCUUUUGGGGAGGCAAGGUGGGGAAAGGAUCAUUCUUUCACUUGUCCUAAGACUCAGUCUCAAUACUGAAACAGAUUUUAGGCUAGAAGAUUAAGCCCUGCACAAGAUCUGUGUCACAAACAUUUAGACUUCUCUGUGUCUGCCUCCUCCCUUUGUAGCUGCUUCAAAUGGGGUGCCCGUCUCUCCAGCCAACUGGGAUGGCACAGUAGCGUUUUUCUGUUGCAGGGUAUUUGACUGGCUGGUGGCCGUGAUCAAUGGAAGCAUCAAUGCAGAUCCUUCUGUCUGGAGCAACUUCAUAGGUAACAUUGUUCAAUCCCUCCUGGGUGUGGGGUAUUGACAGGGUUAUUUGGACUGUGUACACACACAGACAUAUGAAUCUUGCACCCAGGAAAUCCAGACUCUGUGCUUUUAAAAAGCUGGAUUCUGCAGCCUGGAUAUAAAUCAUUCAGACCCAGGGCGGGGUAGGGUUGGAGGCGGGGAAUACUUUCAAUUUGCAAAUAACUUUCUUUCUAGACUGGUCACAUGAAUCCCACUACACCUUUGCUUGCGGGUGAAGGCUGACAAUAUGGGGUUUUGGCCACAGAGCAAAUUUUGAAUUUUGAGGAAGUUUUGAAUUUUGAGGAAGUAUUGAAUUUUGAGGGCACCAGUCACAAGAUUGCUGCCAUGGGACAUGCACCAUGACACAAAAUGCCUGUCGCAUCUAAAAGAGCAGGAGAGAUAGGACCACAAAAUGAUGUCAACAUGCCCAAAAAAUUCAGUCAUCCCCAUCAGUGGUGGAAAAGGGACUUCAAUCAGCAACCUCCCAUGCUUGCUUAUAGAGAGAAGCUGUAUGCUCCUCUACUCCAUUCAGAACAGGUGGGCAGGUGGUGUCCAAUCCUGGCAACUGGUGGGAAGGGCCCCACAGCUCAGUGGCUGAGUAUCUGCUGUCCCAGGUUCAUUUCCCAGCAUCUCCAGGUAAGACUAGGAGAGACUCCCUGCCUGAAACCCUGGCAAGCUGCUGUCAGUCGGUGUAGACAGUACUGAGCUAUAUAGACCAAUCGUCUUGCUUGAAAUGAGACAGCCCAGUGCAGACAGGAGUUGAGCAGGAAGAGCAAACAGCCUCUCUUGUACGCUGUGGGGUUUGGAGGGGAUAUUUCUAGAGACUUUUCGCGGACACCACAUUGGCGACCCUGGAGCAGCGGGGGGCGGGGGGGGGCGGCAGGACAUUGUCUUAAUCGAAGCACCCCAGAUAGCUGGAUCAGCCACCUUGUCUCCCACCCCAACUUCCAGGUCUGUUGGAUGUUUACGGCUUCGAAUCUUUUCCGGACAACCACCUGGAGCAGCUGUGCAUCAACUAUGCCAACGAGAAACUGCAGCAGCAUUUUGUAGGCCAUUUCCUCAAAGCCCAGCAGGUAAUGCUCAUGUUUGGGUUCUCCCACGAGGCUGUUUUGCAACACCCAGUUCCAACAUCGGGGUGGGGACUUGGCCAACAUGCUGUGAGUGGCCCCACCUCCUCGUCCUUCUGUUUCCCCAGGAAGAGUAUGCUGCAGAAGGCCUGGAGUGGUCUUUCAUCAACUACCAGGACAACCAGUGCUGCCUGGACGUAAUCGAAGGCAGCCCAGUCAGCAUCUUCUCUCUGCUGAACGAGGUGGGUCCAGAGCGCUCAGGUUUCCAGUGAUUUGGGCCUACUUUGAAACCACUAGUCAUUCCUGGCUUUCUGAGAGUGCUGACAUCCAUGGAUUAGGCCUUUGGAUAUAUAUAGCCAAGACUGUGUGGUAUAGUGGUUAGAAUGUUUGUUGGACUAGGAUUAGGGAGAAGCAAAUUUAUUUAUUUAUUGUGCUUCUGCCAACCUCCUGCUUCCCUAGCCCAAGCCUGCAGGCUUCAUUCAUUCAGUCAUUUACUAACUCACUCACUCACUAACUAAACUUUCUAUACUGCCCUUCAUCCUAUGAUCGCAGGGCAGUUUACAAUAUAAAAACACAAAAAUGCAUACCAUAGUAACAAAGAAAAACAGUAACCUUCCAUCUUGUGUAUGGAUAGUAAUAUUUCAGCUCCCCAUUGGCUGAUAAGCAUUAGCACUCACACCCUGAACACCUGUAAUAAAGGGAACUUUUUCACAAAGGCAGCACAGCCUCCUAUUUACAGAGGAGUAAGAGAUUUUGUCUUGAACAUGGGUGGUUAGCCUUUUUCAGACCAAGGACCACGUUGACCGAUGGUUGACCCUCCGGGGACCAAAGUGUAAAAGGUGGGUUUUGCGAAACAAGAAAUGUUAAUGCUUUAAGGGACACAAUUUGGGUGGAAUGGGUCACAAAAAAACAUUUGACAUCACAGCAGGAAGAGUGAUCAGUUAAAAACAACAACAUUGAAAAUCAUCCAGUGAACUUCAUGGCUGAGUGGAGAUUUGAACCUUUAUCUGUAUUUUAAUAGAUUAGUUUUUAUUAUUAUUAUAAUCACUUUGUGACAAUUAUCUUUUACAUGUUUCCAGCUUUUGUGUUUUAUCUCUGCAUUUUAAUUUGUGUAAGCCACCUUGAGUCCUGGUCUGGGGAAAAGAUGGGAUACAAAUAAUAAUAAUAAUAAUAAUUAAUAACAACUGAACCCUGGUCUCCCAGGUCUUAGUCCAACACUCAGAUCUAAGACUUGUAGUUGGAGGUUUGAUUUACCCACAAUGGCAAACACUUACUUUACUGAUAGAGCUACUCUCCAUAGUGUCAAUUAAAAUUCACUUGGCAUCCCCUCCCCACUUCUGUCAGUCCAACUUUCCCCAUUCUUGCCAUCUCUCUCUCUUUCUCUCUCUUAGGAAUGCCGCCUCAACAGACCCUCCAACACCAGCCAGCUUCAAACCCGGAUUGACGUGGCUUUGUCUGAUAACCGGUGUGUUAGCAGGGACCGGUUUAGUAAGGAGCCCAACUUCAUUGUUUCCCAUUACGCUGGGGAUGUCCGCUAUCAGGUGGAAGGAAUGGUGGAAAAGAACAAGGUACACUCAGUAGUGCAAUAUCAGCAGCAGCAGCAGCAGCAGCAGCAGCAGCAGCAGCAACAAUUUAUUAUUUAUACCCCAUCCAUCUGGCUGGGUUUCCCCAGUGGCCAAUUCAGAUGCGCAGGGUCCCUUUGUGAUAGUCACAGCCAUGCCCCCUUUUGCUUUCUUUUUUUAAAUCCUUGUAAGAUUAUGCACUAAAUUUAUAAUUAUACAACAAUAAUAAUUAGGGAUGCAUUGCAAUGAUCACUGCAGAUCUCCAUGUGUUGCCUUUCAGCUAUUUGGACAGCUUUCUGCACACAAACAUGGGCAAAUGAUUUGGAGUGCUCCAAUACCUUCUUUUGGAGUGCCUUAAAGUGUGUGUUCCUUGAAGUUCCAUUGUACAUAACAGAACUUGCACGCUGUUCUCUUGAAACUGAGGCACCUUGUGUUUCUAGUGUUCCUAAAUGUUUAGCUUUGGAGCAUAUAGAACAGCAGCUCCUUGAUGUUCUUCUGCGUAGGAGCUCGCCCUCAGUGGCCGACUCCCCACCUUUCACUCUGAUAGGCUCCAAUCAGCCCAGGUGUGAGAAGACUUAUUCUCAGGACCAAUAAAGCCUCUUUCAGGCUGUUUGGGUGGCUCUAAGGCAUUGGGGACAGGGACCCUGCUGCAGAAAUAACAAAACCUCUGGGUUUUGCGCAAGACCUCUGGGUAUGCGCAAAGAGCUCUUUGGGUGCAGUGCCAAAUCGCCUCCCAGUUAUUGCCUCCUGGUCCAGGAUAUUCCCUUAAGUCACAGUAUUUUGUUAAGUUGGAAGUAUUCUCCAUCCAAUUUCUCCCAAGUUGUUUGCAAAUAUGUUGUCCUAACUAUAAUGUUUCCUCCUGCUCCUUGUAAAUGUUUUACAGUUUUUCCUCAGAAAAUAAUAACAAUUGCAUGCUCCUUGUCUUCUCUUCCCUGCUCUCAAAAAAGGACCCUGUCCCCCCAGAACUGGUUCUGUUGCUACAGCUGUCCCAGGAUUCUUUGCUUCAGAAAUUGUUUCCUGUGGAAACCACAAGCCAAAAAACAAGCACAAACGACAUCAGGACUCAGAUGAAACCUGUGGUGGUUACAGUAGUCUCCAAAUUCAAGGUUUGCCCCAUAUUUAUACCUUUUUUUCAGCUAAGUACCUUCAAAGCUGUUGUUUGUUUUUCUUCUUCCUCCACACUUCUCUGUACAACAGUGAGGGCUAGAAGCUAGUGUUUGUUAAAUAGACUAAAACCUGGGAUUCUCAGAACAAAUGGUCAUUCUGUACACAGAACAAUCGUCUGUAAUGUUAGAUUAGAUGUUUCCAAAAUGCCCAGCGGCUGGGAACCAGUUUCCCACAGGGCCUUGUUUCCCAAGCAUCCUGUCAUAGAGCUGUGUCUUGCUGAGGAUUCUAAGCAGUUUGCUAGGUUGCAAGCUCAGGCCAUGCAGGAUCAGACUCACUGUUCCUCUGCACGAAUUGGGUAUGUGUUUGUGUGUGCCCAGAGUGCCAACAACACUCACCAUGUCAGGGAAUUAGAAACAUAAAAGGCUGAGUUACGCUGAGUAAGACCCACUAGUCCAGCUAGCUCAGUACUGGCUACAUUGGCUAGCAGUGGCCCUUUAGGAAUUCGGACAAGAUUCUCUCGUUUUUUCAAAUCUUAAAUUCAGCUCUCUGCAUUUCCGCAUCAGUUUGCAAUAUAUACUUAUCUUUUUAAAUGCCAUCGGUGUCAUGGUGCGACUUUCUCUUAAUGGACACAUUUUUGCUAUGCCAUUUCCCCUAAACAAUGCAUUUGUCUGUAUUUUUAUGCACACUCCACCCUAACAUAAGAACGUUUGGCUGGAGAACUCCAGAGCAAAAUUCAGAGGCAUGUGCAUUUCAAAGCAUGGUUGUGUUUCACUCCACACAGAAAGUGCGAACUAGCUGAACUGGCCUUUAAGCACGAACUGAAAUGAAUUUCUCCCCCGUCCCUACUCAUCAGCGCUCACAGCCUGAGCGUCGGAAAUAGAGGGAAUGAUGAGCACAACGCGCUGUCCUGUGUUUGUCCCAUAGGGGUCGCUCGAGAAGCUGAUGGAGAUCCUGCACAGCACCACCCCACACUACAUCCGCUGCAUCAAGCCCAACGCAGAUUGCCAGGCAGCUCUUUUCCGAAAGGACGAGGUAAUGCACUCAGAAUUGAACUUCCAAAGCCAGCUGGGGGGGGGGGAGCUCAGUGCCGAGGCCACAUAAGUACCUGUGCCGCAGGUGACAUUUGAAUCAGGGACAUCUUAAUUCAUAGCUCUGGCCUUUAAUUUAAAGUCACUAGAAUGGGCACCAGCUCUCAGCCCUGCCUUUAAAAAUCAUCCUAUUUUGUCAGGUUCUGCAGCAGCUGGAGGCGUGUGGCAUUGUGGAAGCUGUCAACAUCAGCGCUGCAGGCUUUCCAAUUCGGUAAGGCUGUCCAGAGUUGCAUUUGCCCCUUGUUUUUGUAUUUCGGGGGACACUGAUUUGCCCAUGUUCAUCUGGAUUCCUUCUCCCUUUAGGGUGGGGGAGUAGAUUGUACAAAUUCAGGCUGAUUGCUGGCAACAACCACACUACAAUGUCCCAUCGCACCAUAAAACAAGUAGAUUGCAAGUAGAUAUCUAUCACAACAGGGAGGUCAGUCUAGGAUGCAACCUUGGGCUGCCACAUCUAAAAUUAAAGUAGAAAAAGAGAGGGGAUCACAAAAGCAGGGUGUGCAUGCCCCCCACCCCAUCAUUGUGUGGAAAGGCCACUACCACUCUUGCUCAGACAGAAACUCUUAGCACUUCUCUUCUGUUCAGAACAGAUGGGGAGGUGGAGCGUUCAGUCUUGGCAUCCAGUGAAAUGUGGGCAUGUUUAGUGUAGGAGAGGCUAAGCAGUGGGAGUUGUGUUCAGGAUGCCUCGGGCUCCACUUGUUUAAUCAACAAUGCUUUGAACUGAUUUUUUUCUCUCUCCCUUCCUUUUGACCUGGCAGGAUUUCCUUUGAAAGCUUCAUGGAGCGUUAUAAAGUGCUGAGGAGAUCACCAAAGCAAAAGUCAAAUACCAUGCAUCAGGAGAAUGGCUUCUCGCACGUUAUGGGGAACGGUGUGUUUCUUUAAUCAAGUCUCUUUCCUUAGUAACUUGAAAUAUGUCUGAAAUUAACUGAUCUUCCCCAACUUGGUGCACUGAAAAGCCAUCUAAGAGACUCUAUCAAUUCCCCCCCUUUAAAUCUCUGUCUUUCUUUUCAGACUUUCUGGUGCUAUUUCUGGGAGCCAGCUAAAAACAAAGAGCACAAUGCUUAGGUGCAGGGUCAAGUUUCCUGCACAUGUCCCAUUUUGAGUGUGGAUAAGCAACCUUAGAAUCUUUGUUUCACAUUCUUUAAAAAUUGUAUUUAUGUCUAGCUCUUGUGUGGGUUGUGAUGCACAUUUUUAUCACUCCUCAUUGGCAACGAUGCAACUGUAUUCUCCCUCCCAUCAGAGGCAGCGUGCCCCUAUAGACUGGUUGCUGGGAAUCACGAGUUGGGAAGAGCACUCUUGUACCCAGGUUCCCUGUAGGCAUCUAGUUGACCUUUCGCCUGGUCCAGCAGGCUCUUCUUAUGAUCUUAUACAAGCCAAAAUUUUAUACAAGUGGCAGAAUGGAAUUUUUCUUGAUGUCAAAAUGGCAUUGUCGGAAACCUGCUUUUAUGUAAGGAAUACUGCUACUUUAUUUUCCUCUUCUGUGCAUGAAUCCAGCACCUUUCCAACUACACUUUUUCGUCUCUCCAGCUCCACCCUGGAUUCUUCUGCUGCUCUUGCAAAAACCCGCUUUUCUCUCUAUGGGGCUGUUUCUCCUUUCAAGCAACGAACCGCAUCUCUCUUUCUCUGUUUGCUUUAGCAGACCAGGCCAGCCAGUGGAGGUAAGCACAGGGUCAGGUCUCUCGUGAGGUUAGGUCAAGCUGUAUGUGGCAAGCCAACCAUGUCUUAAGUGGUCAGCCAUGUUUUUGUCUUUAUUUUUAUUUCUACAAGAUGUGUUUGCCAGUUCAUCCUGAAACCUCUUAGCGGUUUACAUGAAAUAUUAAAACAUGUAUUAAAAUUACCAAUAAUAAUCAGAUAGUUAAAAGCUAAAGUCAGCCUCAUUCCCUCCCUCAAAAUAAAACCAAUAAUACAAUUUCUGUGAUUCUUGCAGUAAAAUAAUACAUUAUAAAAUACUCCCCUUUCUUUUCUAACAGGUUUGAUGACGGCGGCUUCUGCAGAGGACAAAAGUGAUGCUUUACACUCUGCAGUCCAGGAGAUCCUUCAGCAAAUGUGCCCCCCUGAUGCCCCUCCCCUCAAGCCUACAGAGAACCAACCCCGUAUUAUGCCAGUAUAUUGUGGGAAAACCAAAGUAUUUAUGACGAACUCUACGGUAAGGGGGACAUUUUCAGUGGGUUCUUUGGCAUGGAGUCAUCCUUACUCACAUCAGAAACAGAAUUCCAUUUCCUGCAAAUCACACCAUGUCAAUGAUUCUAAAGUGCUAUGAUGCCACUUUAAGCAGGCAUGGCUCCUCCCAAAGAAUUCUGGGAGCUGCCAUUAGUUAGGGGUGCUGAGAGUUGUCAAGAUAAACCCCAUUCCCCUUGAAGAGCUGCAGUGCCAGAGUGGUUUAACAAUCAGUCCAUCCUCCCAGGGAACGCUGGAGACUGUAGCUAAGGGAGGGGAAUGGGGUCUCGUAACCACCCUUAGCACCCUUAACAAACCAUCGCUCCCAGAAUUCCUUGAGGGAGCCAUGGCUAUAUCAUGUUAAAUGUAUUGUGUGAAUGUAGCCUUGGUUUUCAUUUAAAAACAGGAAUAAGCCAAUGUUUGGUUUAGUUUUCUUGUGUUUUCCCAAGGAGGUUGGAUAGGAAUGUACCAAAUACAUUUUUUAAAAAUGAAAUAAAUCCUAAUCCAACACUUUCAACUAAGGUUCACUCACCUGCAGGCUGUACUCUUCCCCACCCCAGGCCAUCCUCAAAAUGUGUUUUUAAAUAGUUAAAUUCAGUGACUCCUCCCAUAUGUCCGCUGUUAUGGUGCCAAAAUGUUGUUCAGUAAUAUAUAAAAAUUAUUUUAAAUAGUGUAGAAUAGCUGGUAAUAAAGUGUUUUGGAAGCUAGCACUGAGAACUGCUGUUCUUAUCAUGCCUACCUUGGCAUGUGGCCUCCAAAGGGUCUGCCUGGAAAAGGCUAGCUGCCUCUGCCCUAACCAUUACACCACACUGCAUCUCCACUCAGGUAGGUUUGCUUACUUGUACUUUAGAACAGGGCAUCUGCCCACAAUGAAAAAUUUAAGUUAUCUUCUUCCUCCGCUGGACUCUGAAACUCUUCUCACCUCAGAGGUUAAAUCAGUCUCUCUAAAAAUAAAAUAAAAUCCUUUGGGGGCAGUCCAAAGACCAGAUAUGCCUGAAGCCUGAUUGCAUGUGGCUCCAACUAACGGACUUAUUAUUUUUCUCUUCUGUAGCUGGAGCUCCUUGAAGUGGGGCGAGCCAGAGUUUUAGCUGACAAAGCUUUCUGCAUCCAGUGCUGUUGGCGAAGGUUUAAGAGGAGGAAGCUGGCUCAAAAGGGAGCGUCGGCCACAGUCAUCCAGUCAGGUGAGAGGAAAGUAGGAGCAGGCGGGUUUACCUGGGUUAGCUUUUUCAGGCCAAGGGGUUACAUUCCCUUCUUAGGGCCACAUGCCCUCAGCAAUAAAGGCAAAUUUUACUAUGGCACUGUGCUAUUUCAUAAUUUUUUUAAUAUUCAUAUACAGAUGUUCAUAAAAAGCACAAAAGAAUGGUUUACAACAAUUAUACAAUAAAUCAAAGAUCAGCUAACUAUUGUGCAGAGAUGUCUUCUUAAUUGCCUGCAUAAGCCUGGCGAAACAAAAGUUUUCAGCAGGCGUUUAAAAGCUGGCCCAGAAGGUGUUUGGCUGAAUCUCUGCUGGCAGAGUGUUCCACAGGGCUGGGCCAAUGACACUAAAAACUUGGGUUUCUUGAUGUUGUCAAAUGAGGGAAAUGACCAACUAAGCUCCUGCAGAUUAGCUCAAUAAUUGAGCUGGGAUAGAAAGGUUCAGGAGGUCUCUAAGGUGCCCUGGACCUACCUUGUUCUGGGCUUUGUGAAUGCUUACACUUCUAACACACACUCCUCUCUCUAUCCUCCAGCCAGACGAGCAAAAGCGGUAUGGUCAGGUUUCAAGGACACAUCCCAGCCAGGCAAAAAGCCUUAAGGAGGAGCCAGGCAAGUAGCCUGGUAGGGAGAGAAUGUGUGACCUGAGGAGAGAAGAGAGACCUGGAGGGCUAUAUUCAGACCCCAGGCCCACAGUUCUCCACCCCUAGGUUAGAUAGGUGGACAAACAGUCUGACUGGGUAGAAGGCUUUCUAUGUACAUUUUAGAGAGGGGACUCAGCUCAGUGGGAGAGCACUUGCUUUGCGUGCAGAAGGCUGCAGGUUCAGUCUCCAUUUGGAAGGAUCAGGUAGCAAGGGAUGAGAUGGAGCCUUCUCUCUGCCCAAAACCCCGGACAGUCAGAGCAGACAAUACUAGGCUGCAUGGACACUUGGUAUCAGGUCCUUUCCUGCUGUUCCUUAUACUCCCUUAAUGCAAUGUCUUUCUUUCUCAGCUGUUCGCUCGUGGUUGGCCAGGAAACAUUUCCAGAGGCUACGGAAAGCUGUCAGGGUUAUAAAACGGACCUGGAAAAAAUGGAAGGUAAGAGAUCAAAGUCUUCCCAGCAACUUGUUGGAAAGCUGGAAAUGAGGCUGCAGUUACACAACGGAAAAAAUGGCACCAACAAAGAUUUCUGCUUUCUGAUAAUCUGCUCCCCCCCCCCCCCCCAAAAAAAGUUUUAAAUACUUUCUGUCUUUCCGUAGGCCAAGAUGGAUGUCCUGGCCGCAGAGGAGUUGGAUGACUUAGAAGGAAGCCCCCUCUCCUCCAGCCUUAGGGCAACGGUUUCAUUGAGCGAGACCCAUAGCAAGUUGGAAAAACCAUGCCCCCUAAAUGCAGCAAUCCAGUUCUGGCCUCUUGGGCUGGUCCUUUCAAGCGGCCCAGUGACACUGGGUGCUUUUCAGAGAGACCUCGGCCUCCUAGCCUGCCUCCAAGUGCUGCAGCAGAACAACCAUCACAAGGCAGAGACCAAGCAGCGCACGCAAGGGGUCACCUCCAUCAGAGCCCUCCCACAGGUAAGGACCAUGCGACUAACACCCCCCUCCCCCCAAAAAACUGGUUGGUUACUGUCUCCCAUGUUGCAUAGUUGCUUUAAGUGAAAGGGAGGUGGACAGAACGCUUUCAGAGUCAGUGCCAGUUAGAAAACCCCAAAACGUAUGUAAAAAUAAAAAAGCACAACUCUGAAGCCUGAUGCCAAACUCUGCCCUGAAACAUCCAAGGCUCGUCCUGUUCUAUAAAGAAGGCAGGGGGGUGGGGAACCUGUGUCCCUCCCGAUAGAAUUGUAGAGUUGGGUGGAACCCUGAGAAUCUAGUCUUAGCCCCCUGCAAUGUAUAUGUCGCUGGACUAUGUAUCACAUCAUCUCUAACCACUGGCCAUGCUGCCCACGGCUGAUGGAAGUUGGGAGUCCAACCAUAUAGAAAGUUGCCUUAUUCCAAGUCAAACCAUUGGUCCGCCUCGUUCAGUGUUGCGCAUGCUGCCUGGACAUGGCUCACCAGGGUAACCCAUUUCUCCUCCUAGGGCUCGAUCAAGUUCCACUGCAGGAAAUCUCCGCUGCUUUACGCAGACACCAGGCCGCACACCCACAACUGCACCAUGACCGGCUUCAACCAGAUUCUCCUCGACAACUACAAGCUCCUUUCAGCUUGA